AGCUGGCAGUGAGUGUUCACUGCAUGCACCUCCUGACUUCUCCGGGGGAAGCAGGAAACAUAUUUCGUCAGCAGCUUAUAUUUACAAAACUGCUUCGCUCUACCUCUUUGUGGUUCAUUGAGUAGUGAGAGUUGCUACGGCAGAAAACUGUUCCGCACAGCACCGUUCCUUGUGCUAGUCCGUUCCCUAGCGCGGUUCAACUUUCCUGACAACCGUAUAUUUCUUGGAAAGAACGGUCACAUUUCUGAACCCUUCGACUGUUGGAAGGCCGGAGUUUCCGGCUGCAAAUGCAUUGAGCAUCUCGUCAAUGGAUUCUGACAACGUAUUAACAGCUGAUGCUAUUGGGGACGGAGAGGAAGAUUUCCUGUUGCGGAACCGCCUGCUUUCGAGUAGCAACACCAGUAUGGCAAGCCCACCAUUGCACUCGGGAGGUGGAACUGACCAUGAGAGUUGCGGGGCUACUUGCAGCACUCCAAUCAUGCCAACACCGACUAGUGUAUCACCCUCAACGCCGUCAAUAGCAGCGACACGCCGGAGCCAAGGAUUCGGUAGAAUCCUUUCCUUUCCAGGUCCAAUCCUUUACAAUAUUCAAAGCAGAUGUACUCGACUUACUGCCGGAAUCCUUCAGAACCCAAUAUCUGGAAAGGGUGGACCUAGCGGGUGGUUUCUCCUGCUGACGAUAAGUGCCUGGUUCGGCUUGGGCGUUGUGGCGAUCGUAACCACAAAACUCCUUUUAACGAGUUGGAAGGUUCCUCCUCUGUUGUUGACAUUCCAACAACUGACUGCAGCAUCAACAUUGCUACGAGUCGUGUUGGGUUUGCAACAGAACCUUCAGCCGCUGCCAUGGGAAAACUAUUGUCGCGCCACCAUAGCACCUGAUGCUCCAUCUGGUACGGGAGCAUCGACUCUGGAUGCGACGGGUACCGAGGAACACUCGAUUGUUGAGCUGGGAGCCGAUCAAAAUCACUCUGCCGUGGAGGACCGAAUCCAGACGCAUAUUUCUAAAUUUCACAGCCCCAAUAACUCACCGUGGAAUGUGGAAAAUACGGAAUUUUUUCUGAUUGGACUGUUCAACGCAUUGGACUUCUUGGCUUCGAACACCGCAUUCUCUUCAUCAGCUGCUUCAUUCGUGGAGACAAUCAAAGCGAGCGACCCCAUUACUACUACGGCUGUUGCCUUGAUUUGGAAAAUUGAUCAGGUCAAACGGCCGGAAGCGAUUUCCUUAAUGGUACUCAUAAUCGGUGUCCUGCUUUCUACAAUAGGAAAUGCCACAAGCUCCAACACUACUGGCGAGGAUCCACUUUCUAGUUCGGAGCUGUCCGUAGACGAGACUGACGAUGACAGUGCUGCCGAAGCGCAAGAAGCUUUGUACCUGUCCAUCCGCACCGCCAUUACUGUGGUCACAGCCAAUUUGUGUUUCGCCUUUCGGGCCAUGAAUCAGAAAUUGUACCGCAGGCAUACAAGCACGGGAGACCAGCUGGACGAUGCGAAUUUGUUGUGUCGGUUACAACAGACUGGAGCCUUGAGUUUGCUGUUCCCCACAAUGCUCCUGUACGCAGGAUUUGUGUUUGACGCUCUUUGGCAAACGCCGAGAGAAAUUGUGUUGCAGUACGUUGGGUUGGCGGCAGUCAAUGCGGGUGCAUUUGUUGCCUACAACCUUGCAGCAUGUUAUGUUUUGAGCAACCUUACGGUUUUACACUAUUCAGGACUUGGUUGCAUGCGCCGCAUGUUUGCUAUUUUGUCCACUAGCAUUUUUUUCGGCGUCCCCAUUUCAAUUUUGGGAGCUGCGGGCAUCGUGUUGUGCCUCGCUGGUUUCCUAUCCUUUACGUACACACGUUCCCAACGUACAGCAAACAAAGCUAUCUUGAAAAGUUUCGAUCACAAGGAUUCCAAUGUAUAAAGCAAUGCGACUUGAGUUUUCUAUACCGGACAGUCCAUUCCAAGUUCCUGCCUUGAACCCCGCGUCACAGUUUUGGCUUGCAGUGCCGAACCGAAAGCAAGCGUUAAACCAAAAUUGGAGUGCUCUGUUGGAAAACAAAGUUGCACGGGUCAAGUUAUGUCCGUUCUUGGCCAAAACGUAGGUAUUCCGCUAUGUGAUUUACUGUAAGGCAGUUGAGUACUGCAGCGGUCUGUAUAGACAUGCAGGGUUCAACAUAACUUUUAAACUUAUGCUAGG